AUGAUGCGGCUGCGAAGCUCCGCGAGGCUGCGGGACCUGCUGCUGCGGCGGCCGCCCGCCGUCGCCUCGGGCGCGGCGGCCCUUCGGCGGGCGCAGCCCUUCGCCACGCUCUGCCGUCGCCCCCGCGCCGGGGGCCGCGGCGCCUCGGGCCCGAUCGCGGCGCCGCUCCUGCACCCGUGGUGGGGCGGCGGCGGGCGGCCGGCGCCGGCCCUCGCGCUGUCCAGCUCGCCCUCGGAGAUCCUGCAGGAGCUGGGCAAGGGGGGCCCGGCCGCGCCGCUGCAGCAGCAGCAGCAGCAACAACAGCAGCAGCAGCAGCAGCCGCCGCCCGCCGCCGCCGCCGCCCAGCCGGCGUCCAGCCCCAAGGACGGCCCGGGGGACACGAACGGCUUCGCCCACAGCGAGGGCAAAGAGCCCGCGGCCUCGGGCGACAAUAAAAUAAAACAAGGUCUGUUACCUAGCUUGGAAGAUUUGCUGUUCUAUACAAUUGCAGAAGGACAAGAGAAAAUCCCUGUCCAUAAAUUUAUUACAGCACUCAAAUCUACAGGAUUGCGAACGUCUGAUCCCAGGUUGAAAGAGUGUAUGGAUAUGUUAAGAUUAACUCUUCAAACAACGUCAGAUGGUGUCAUGCUAGACAAAGAUCUUUUUAAAAAAUGUGUUCAGAGCAACAUUGUCUUGUUGACACAAGCCUUUAGAAGAAAGUUUGUCAUUCCUGACUUCAUGUCUUUUACCUCACAUAUUGAUGAAUUAUUUGAAAGUGCUAAAAAGCAAUCUGGAGGAAAGGUUGCAGACUAUAUUCCUCAGCUAGCCAAGUUCAGUCCUGAUUUGUGGGGUGUGUCUGUUUGUACAGUAGAUGGACAGAGGCAUUCUAUUGGAGAUACCAAAGUUCCAUUUUGUCUGCAGUCCUGUGUAAAGCCUUUGAAAUAUGCCAUUGCUGUUAAUGAUCUUGGAACAGAAUAUGUUCAUCGAUAUGUUGGGAAAGAGCCCAGUGGAUUAAGAUUCAACAAACUGUUUUUAAAUGAAGAUGAUAAACCACAUAAUCCUAUGGUAAAUGCUGGAGCAAUUGUUGUGACUUCAUUAAUAAAGCAAGGAGUGAAUAAUGCUGAAAAAUUUGACUAUGUGAUGCAGUUUUUGAAUAAGAUGGCUGGUAAUGAAUAUGUUGGAUUCAGUAAUGCCACGUUUCAGUCUGAAAGAGAAAGUGGAGAUCGGAAUUUUGCUAUAGGAUAUUAUUUAAAAGAAAAAAAGUGUUUCCCAGAAGGCACAGACAUGGUUGGUAUAUUGGACUUCUAUUUCCAGCUAUGCUCCAUCGAAGUAACAUGCGAAUCAGCUAGCGUGAUGGCUGCAACGCUGGCCAAUGGUGGGUUUUGUCCAAUUACUGGUGAAAGAGUACUAAGUCCUGAAGCUGUUCGAAAUACACUGAGUUUGAUGCAUUCCUGUGGCAUGUAUGAUUUCUCUGGGCAGUUUGCUUUUCAUGUUGGUCUUCCUGCAAAAUCUGGAGUUGCAGGGGGCAUUCUUCUGGUGGUUCCCAAUGUCAUGGGCAUGAUGUGUUGGUCUCCUCCUCUGGACAAAAUGGGCAACAGUGUUAAAGGAAUUCACUUCUGUCAUGAUCUUGUAUCUCUGUGUAAUUUCCAUAACUAUGAUAAUUUGAGACAUUUUGCCAAAAAGCUUGAUCCUCGAAGAGAAGGUGGUGAUCAAAGGGUAAAGUCAGUGAUAAACCUUCUGUUUGCUGCUUAUACCGGAGAUGUUUCUGCCCUUCGUCGAUUCGCUUUGUCGGCCAUGGACAUGGAACAGCGGGACUAUGACUCUAGAACAGCGCUCCACGUGGCUGCAGCAGAAGGUCAUGUUGAAGUCGUUAAAUUUUUGCUGGAAGCCUGCAAAGUCAAUCCUUUCCCCAAGGACAGGUGGAAUAACACGCCCAUGGAUGAAGCAUUACACUUUGGACACCAUGACGUAUUUAAAAUCCUCCAAGAAUACCAAGUCCAGUAUACACCUCAAGGGGACUCGGAUGAGGGGAAGGAGAACCAGACUGUUCAUAAGAAUCUUGAUGGACUAUUAUAAUACUCUUAAUCCCCAGAGGAAAAAUCACUUACCGGUUUAAUUGUGGAAAAUGACUAUGACGAACGUGUGUAUUUUUACCUGGUAGUGAUGUACAUAUUACAACAUUUGUCGUUUCAGUGUCACUGGAGUUUUCUUCGUUGUACGCACAGGACAAAUCUGAUCUCUUUGGGAAAAAAAUAGAAAUAAAACAAUCUCCCUCCAUAAUGUGAGCGAUAUUUACCUCGUGCACUGUAUAAUUUGAUGUAAAAGAAAUAGUUACCAAUGCUAGCUUAACUGUGUGGUCUUCACAAUUUAUUCUUGUGUGUUUUGUGAACUUUUCAAUUUAUGGUGAUCUGUUGAAAUGCACUUAUAAAUGAAGCUCUGAUGUAUAGUCUCCAAACGAGUGAAAGCUGCUUCUAGUUAGAAGCAAAACAGCGUGAUUUUCCUGACUUACAUAGCGAUUUAGUUGGAGUGUUUGAACAACUAUGCACUUCUGAUUGUGUGUUUAAAAUGUCUGCCAUCUCCCUUGCUUCAUGAUGUGACUCUUUAAAAAUUAUGAUAGUGAACAAAUGUUAGUAGGAUAGGCCAAUUCUCAUUAGACUUUAUCAGGGAAUCCGUUCAAGCUGUUUAGUGACCAAAACACACGUGUAAAUGUAGUUCUAACUUUGAAAACCUUUUUCCUUUUUCUAGAUCCCCUUAAUCCAGCCUCUCUUUCCAACCAGUUAGCUAUUGGUCUCUUUCCUUUAGCUGGGAAAGUGGGUGCUGGACCUACUAUGCAGUUCUCAUGUUUGUCACAGGAAUCCAGAAAAUAAUUUUUCCAUUUUCUGACAACCAGACUCUGAUUCUGCCAUUUGUCUCUAGAAGGUCAAGCAGAGAAAAAAAUGACUAAGUACAAAUUAAUCAAGUUCCUCCUAGAAACGGCAUUUGUUAUUACAGCUUUUUGAGAUAGUUUGUUUCGAGGGUAAAGAUGAAAAUUUCAGAAGUGCUCAAAGUUAGCAAAGUUGUUAUAGCACAGGAGCUAUAAAACACAUAAUAUUUGUUUAUAAACCUGUCAUUGAAUGUCUGCAUCAGAGUCUAGUUGAGGGACCACAAGGUACUCCAGCUUUCUCCUGAUGACUGUAAAAGUUUUGGUUAGAACCAAAAAAAAGAAAGAAAAAAAGAAGAAAAAGGGGGGCCAGAGCCAUAGCACAGCAGUAGGGCAUUUGCCUUGCACAGGCUGCCCAGGACGGACCUAGGUUUGAUCCUGGGUGUCCCAAACAGUUCUUGGAGCCAGGAGUGAUUUCUGAGUUAAUAGCUAGGAAUAACCCCUGAGCAUCACUGGGUGUGUGGCCCAAAGCCAAAAAAAAAAGAAGAAAAAAAUUUUGGUUAGACUAUAAAGGCGAGUAAUAAGACAAGGCUACUUUGUUUUAAGUGAGAUACCUGAUUUGUCUUGGAGACAAAUUACACAUAGAUUUUAACUUGAAGUAUCUCAGAGGUUUAGUGGUAUAAUAAUGAGGAUUUCUGAUAUUAAACACACACACACACACACACACACACACGCAUACACACACACUUCUGAAACUGUAUUUAGUAAAGUAAAUUGACCUUAUUUAUAGGAAUGCCAGUUGUUAUGUUAAUAUAACAAAACGGUGUUGAUUCUCCUUUCUCUGUAUAUUACUGCUGCUUCCAAACUUCCAAACUUUAUUAUAUGGAAAUUGGCCUCUCCAGUGUGAGUGGCUUUCAGCUGUUUCAACUCAGCUUCCAGUCUAAGCCAGUGCUUCAGCCAGUAUCUGCCUCUGACCUAGACAAAGCCACGUUUGGUGGGCUCUGUGGCCAACACUCCUUAACCAAGCAGCACCGGGUAGGUCAGUCAUUCCCACACAUGUUUCUGUAGGAAAUGUGGAGGGUGUUCCUGCCUUGUAAAUCUCUCCAGCACUACAGAUAGGUGGUAUUCUCCACCCUGCACAUGAACAACAUUAUCUCCAAAGAUAGAGUGAAGGAGACACUCUUUAACCAGAACCAACUGCCAUCACUUUGCUGGAACAGCAGCUUGUUCUGUGUGAUUAGGAAGAAACACUGAUGGUGUGGUUUGAGGAUUAUCCAUGUUUCCAAGAUCUUUCUCUAAUAAAA